AUAAGCACUUUUGCCUUGAUGGUUUGUUUAUGGUUCAUGAUUCGUAAUCAAGACAGAAACAGUAGCCAAGACAGAGUUUCUGUGUUCGUUCACCAUGAGGAUUUGUUCGUUAUCCUUCAGAAGGUGAAACUGUUGAGAGUUGGACUUAAUUAAUGAUUGUGCAUGGAAACCCCAAUAUUGUUGUUAACAACCAUUUCAUCAAUAAAUAUGAAAGAUGCCUUCUCAGCACGACUCUUGCGCUGUCACGCCUUGAGUCCCCCGGCUGGUGCUUAAGAUCUUCGACGACCAAUCGCGUCUCUUCCCUCAUCUGCGGGUCAGAGACAGGGAAGGGACCCGACAAGUGGUGCCCGAACAGGGACCUGAAAGACGGUCAAAACUUACGGCAGAGAACCUCCGCUCGGCGGCAUUUGCAAUUCUAAGGCGGGGAAAGCUCCGAAGAUCGUCGACCCGGUGAUGGAUGAUCAGCUAUGGAAAUACAUUUUUCUGACAAUAUUUCUUUUCCUGAAACAACAUCAGUUCCUGUAUGGUGGUCUCCAAUAGGUUCUUCACAGUGGUAUAAAGGUCAUAUCAAAGUGUGGGGCAAAGGGUUUGUUACAGAGGAUCAAUGCUUGAUUUGGCUGCCCAGAAAAAGAAUUAAGAUAUGAUAUGAAGAACUCCCAACAUCAACAUCCUCAGAAGGAGUUGUUCCAGAGGAUGGCCACCAACAGACUUCAUCACUGGAAUGAAGCUUCCUGAAUAGUGAAGUUUCUACUUCUAAUUUUGGUGAUAACAUUCAUACAUAUACACACUGUAUAAGCUUGCACUAUUAUAGCGAGUGUGAGCAGUCCUCCAUAUUUAGGCCGAGGAGUAGUCCUUCAGUGUGUAUCCACCUGUUCUACUCCUGUAGGUCCUGUAGUGUGGAAAAGAGAUAGCAAAGAGAUAUAGAGACAAAAGUAUGGAGGAAAGCUUGGAUGGAAUAAUGCAACUAAUCAGUUUAAAAGAGAUAAUACUCGCUAUGACAUUUACAAAACAGCUUUGACCAGAAAUGAUAUUGGCAAUUAUUCUUGUGAGAAAUAUCAAAAAGGAACUCCUGAUGUAUUAUAUAAAAGUAGUUAUGUCUACCUAGACAUAUCACUCUCUCCAGAGAGGGAAUUUUCUUCACCUAAUAUGUGGUUACAACUUGCAAGUCAAGGCCUGAACAAGUCAUCUUUUUGUGUAGCAGGAGAUUCCUCUAUUAGUAGAUUAUUAAAGAAGAAUUUGAUAGAUAUAGGACUCCCUUUUUCUGUUUUCACUAAUAUUUCAGGAAUAAACAUUACUCACUCUCCUAAAGUUCUUACUUGUGAAGUUCAAUUGAACUUGCCUGUCAGUAUUACUAUAGUUUCUGAAUGUAUAUGUAUUAAUUGCACUCAUAUUCCUUCCUACUGCAAUUCUACCGUUCAUGUAAAAUGGCCUUUUGGAUACAGACAUCCAAAUGGCUGGGUAUUUUUAUGCAAUAACAAAACAUAUCAAGCCUUUUCUUCACACUAUCAAGGUGUUUGUGGAGUGGGACGAAAUUUUCCUGCUCUUAUAGACCAUCCUGGAUGUAAGCACAGACAGGUUUCUCGAGCCCUGCCACCUGAUUGUGAUGACAACUUGAAGUUGUUGGAUCCUGUCAGUGUAGCUAUCGCUGCUGCAUUCAUCCUAUCAGCUCCAGGACUUGUCGUAGGAAUGCAGAAUGAAAUAUCCAAGAUGGCCUGUGCAUACAGUAAAACAACAAAUCUGACUGCUUCUGUUUUAUCUGAACUCAACCAAGAACUGGGAGAAAUACGAGUUGCAGUACUUCAAGAUCGUGCUACUAUAGACUAUCUAUUGUUAAAAGAACAUAUGGGAUGUGAACAAUUUCCAGGCAUGUGUUGUUUUAAUCUGUCUGACUUUUCUCAAACUAUUCACAAUCAAAUAGAUAAUAUUCAUCAUUUUAUUGAUAAGUUUUCUCAAAUGCCUGAGUUACCUAAGUGGUUUUCUUGGUUUCACUGGAUAUGGCCAGUAAUUGUAGGCCUGCUUCUUUUGUGUAUUUGCCUUCCAAUCUUGACAGCCUGGAUGCGUCAUAUAGUCACCAGUUUGUUAAAACCAAUGCAUGCUUAUGCUACUUUCCUGGAAGUGAUGUCUAAAAAAUUAUUGUUCUUUGUUUGCAUUGUUAUUCAUGAAAGUCCAUGCACUAAAUCUUUAUAUUUUGUGAUUUCUAUGAUUAAGGCUGGACAUAAGAGUGAGAGUAUGAAAACAAACAUCAACAAACAUCAGUUUACUCCUAAUGCCUUCUUUUUCCACAUGUUCUCCCCCUGUGUGGCCCCAGGAGACGGCUGGUUAGCCAGAGACGGGUGAGAUUCCUCAUGGGAGGAACAACCUAAGACAGGCACAGUCAUAAAGGGUCACCAGGUGAGGGGGUGGGGGCCAACUGAGGCGAGGCUUAGAGCCUCGUCCCCCCACUUAUAUAAGGCAUUCUCUGCUGCUUUUGUCCAGCUAAGUUCAUACUUAAAAAAUUAAAAACGGAUCUUUCGCCUUAGUUACAACAAUCAUUAUUUUAAAGUUCUUUAAUAAAAAAAAGGGGGAAAUGUGGGAAUUUAUAUGGAAUUUAUAUAUAAAGUAUAAAAAGCAUAUGUAUAAGCACUUUUGCCUUGAUGGUUUGUUUAUGGUUCAUGAUUUGUAGUCAAGACAGAAACAGUAGCCAAGACAGAAAGAGUUUCUGUGUUCGUUCACCAUGAGGAUUUGUUCGUUAUCCUUCAGAAGGUGAAACUGUUGAGAGUUGGACUUAAUUAAUGAUUGUGCAUGGAAACCCCAAUAUUGUUGUUAACAACCAUUUCAUCAAUAAAUAUGAAAGAUGCCUUUUCAGCACGACUCUUGCGCUGUCACGCCUUGAGUCCCCCAGCUGG